CAUGUAAUGGGUAGUAGGAUGCUGGUACACUUUGUGUUAUUUGGUACAACCAGUGUAAAACAAGCAAACUGCUAUUUCAUCAAACACCUUUUAGUAGUAAUUAAAAACUAUAUAUAUGAACUUGGUUGCACAGGCAAAGUCAGGGGUGCAUUGAUAAAUAUUUACAAAAAUGUGGUUGCACCACCUAACAUUUUUUUUAAGUGGGCAAGUCAAAUAAAUGUAUUUAUUGUGACUGCACAGCAUGCUGACCAAAUGGUACUCCAGAGUUACUUUCCAAAUGCCUCACGAAGAGAUCAUCAAUGGCUUCAGUGUGUGUCUGCUCGCCGCCCUGCAGAAGUACUACGAGGUGAACCACACCUUCCCUGAGAAGAUUGUCAUCUAUCGGGACGGCGUGUCAGACGGACAGCUAAAGACCGUGGAACAGUACGAGAUUCCACAGAUUCUGAAAUGCUUCGAGACGAUGCCAAACUACGAGCCAAAACUGGCUUUCAUCGUGGUGCAGAAAAGAAUCAGCACCACCUUGUACUCCUACGGUUCAGACCACUUCGGCACACCCUCGCCAGGAACCAUACUGGAUCACAUGGUCACAAACAGAGACUGUGUGGAUUUCUACCUCAUGGCUCAUUCAAUCCGACAGGGUUGUGGGCUACCCACACAUUACAUCACUGUCCAUAAUACAGCACACCUAACCCCUGACCACCUACAGAGGAUGACCUUUAAGAUGUGCCACAUGUAUUGGAACUGGCCCGGCACAAUCCGCGUCCCAGCACCAUGCAAAUACGCACACAAACUGGCCUUCCUGUCUGGACAGUACCUGCACUCUGAGCCAGCAAUCCAGCUUUGCGAGAAGCUGUUCUUCCUUUAAGACGGCGCGGAGUCCCAAAAGUGACCAGAGGAGUGGUCUUUGUGUUUCUUUCUUUUGUUGUAUUGUUGUUUAAAAUGUUGUUGAUGAAUGUUGUAUUUAAGUUAUUUUAUUGUGAAUUUGUUCAAUUUCGUGGAGCAUAACAGAGUUGAGUAAAGUUGUGCAUUGCACACUUCAAUUUUCCCUUUGUGUCUAUCUCAGUGAAUGAAGCGCAAACGUGUGACUUAUGAAAUAACUCCCGAGCAUGUAGCAUGACAGGUAAAAUAGACUAUAUGAUGAUAAUAUUGAUGCACAAUUCUUGUCUGUUUUAAAGGACUAAUGCUGCAUUCAUGUGCUCUCGGAAAUUCGAUUAGAAGUAUUUAGUAAUAUUAAAACAUGAAUGUUACUAAUGAUUUAGUAGCAUUAAAACAUUACAAGUAUCUGCUAACAUUAAAAGAGCACGGUUCCAUAACUUAUUUCUGGGUUGAAGUGGGAAAUUAUCUCAUUUCCGAGGGCACGUGACGGCAGCAUAACAUACAGAUCCAUGAACAGAUACUUAAAAAGGAAAUCCACCCGGUAAGGCACUGAUUUAAAUGCACUGCUCAAAAAAAUGAAGGGAACACUUUGGGGGCGGUUUACUGGACAGGGAUUAUCUUAAACCAGGACUAGGCCUUAGUUAAAUUAGGAUGUUGAUUAGGAGUUGUUUUUAAAAACAUACUUUACAAAAAAACGUUUCUGAUGUGCAUCUUGAGUUGAGACAAAAAAAUCGCACCGAUAUAUUAAGAUAUGUCGGUGUAAAUUGUUUUCGAUCAAGACACGCGUCACAUUUUAGUUAGUCUGGGACUAGGUUUAAACCCUGUCUGGGAAACCGCCCCUUAAUCAUCACAGCUAAACACUCGAGUCUGUUAACCUUCAGGAAUAUCAAUCAACCCGGUAAGGAAGCAUAAGUGAUAGUGAACCAUUUUUACUUGUUUUGGUGCAAAUAAAAAUGACAACAGAGGCAACAGCAAGGGUGGUCUAGGGAGGACCAUCUUCAGAGGGUCUUGCAGACCUCCACGUGCUAUGAAGUAUCGGGAUGAAAUCCUCAGAUCUUUUGCUGGUACAGUGCAGAGCCCGCCUGGUGCGUGAUAAUGCUCUGCCGCAUGUGACCAGAGUCUUUAGGCAGUUUCUGGACGAUGAAGGCAUUGAUGCCAUUGACUGGCCCUCACAUUCCCCAGACCUAAAUCCAGGAAUGUCCAGUAGCUCACUUGUGCUCUGAUCCAGGUCUGGGAGGAGACCCCACACGACACCACGUGCCAUCUCAUCAGGAGUAUGCCCAGACAUUGCUGGGAGUUCAUACGGGCACGUGGGGCCGUGCACAUUACUGACUAACAUUGAGUUACUGUGGUGAAAUUCAAAUAAGUUGAAUUAGCCAGUGUCAUCAUUUUUCACACUGAUUUUACUGUAAUUCCAGCCCUGAAUGUGUUUAUGAUUUUGGCUUUCAUUGACCAUUUUCACAUUAUUUUGUUCUCACAACAUUAUGCAAAUUAUAUAUGUGAAGAGUUUCAACCUGGAUAUUUCGUUCAUUGAGAUCUAAUAUAGUGUGAUUUAGGUGUUCCCUCAAUUUUUUUUGUGCAGUGUAUAAUGAAAAUAAAAUGCACGUUAAUAGGCAUAAAAUAGGCAUAAUAAACUAUAAUCUGCAAAAAAAGUACAAAUAUAAACAGGGAAGCAGUCAUAUCUUAAUUAUGACUCUUAACAAUGUACACUACAUAAA